GUGAGCUUCCGUGGCCCCCCUCCCCAAGCCCCAGAGAGUCCCCUGGUAGAGAGUCCCCUGGUGGGCCCCAGGGCCAGGCGAUGCUACAGAGGAGAGAGGUCCAACUCCUGCUCCUCGUCUAGCACUGCUACAGCUACAUACAGGUCUCCAGUGUUGAGGCGACAGGCUAUGUUGGCCAGUAGUUGUUCCCAGUUGGAGCUGCUAGGGGGCGCCACCUCUCACCAGCGCUCCUCUAUCCUAGAGAAACGAGUCGGGCCUUGCACCCCUUUACGACGCGGUUCUGCCUCUGCCUCUGCAGCUCCUCCCACUUCCUCAUCCUCAGCUGUCAAUCAGCAGGGUGGUCAGGGCAACGGCGUGCCCCUCCCUCUACAGCCGUUGUACCUGCGUCGUCAGGGCGGAAGGAGCGAGAGGGGGCAUAGUGACGGGCUUCUGCCCCUAGUGAGGUCACACAGCGAGCCUGGUCUCAGCUCUUCUGCUGAUACUGUUGACUUCAGUGGUGGCUCAGUGGGCAGUAAAGGAGUGAGGGAGAACUCUCAGACCUCUACAGACACAGGUCCGUCCUCCGAGGCAUGCCUGCUGCCCCGCUCCUCUCUGGUGCCCCCCUCAGCCCUCCUCCCCAGGAAGGGCAGUGUGAAGGCAGCCACCAUGGGGCGCACCUUGCCCCUCUCCAAAGGCCCCGCCAACUCUCCCUUGCACCUGCCCAAAGAAUGCAACCGCUCUCUUGGGGACCUCAAGGUGACGAGGGGGUUGGUGGCUCGCUUCCUGCAGCGCUCCAAACGGAACCUGGCGUCCGCCGCAGAGCAUUCUGGGAACACGGGACAGGGUCAGAAAAGGAGAGGCGGAGUAGAGGGCAACGGGACAGACCAUCUCCCUUUAGAGCAGGUGUUACGUAACUCCUGGGGGGCCAGCCAGGGAUCCCACCCCCCACACCCUCAUCACCGUGGUCACCACCACUCCCAUAGCGACAGCCGCCACAACCGCCGUCAUAGCAACCAACCCCCUGUGACGGAGGGGAUCCACUUGCGCAGCUGCGGCGACUUAAGCUCCUCCUCCUCUGCGUCGCUAUGGCGAUUACUGACGGCCAACCCCCCUCACGGGUCAUCAGGGGCACUGUAUACAGAGUCAGCCCUGUGAGAGGGGGAGGA